AUGACGCCCCUACGCUGCGCAGACGGCGCCUCUGCUGCUCGAUCCUUUGUCCAGCUCGCCAAGCGACGGUAUUCGACCGCUAAUACGCACGUACAACAAACACCUCUGGAGUUCCUUGUCCCGCGCAAAGCAUCUCACUCUAGACGUCGUGUAUCGAUUGCGCCGGCUUCCAGAUCCUCAGCCUUAUCAAUAGGCCGACAGUCUAUGACCCGGUCAUUCACAGCAUCUGCCCCCCAACUCGCCACGAUAUGCGUACAGAACCCUCUGAAAGAUGAAGACGGCAAAGAUAUGGUGCUGGAGAUUACCUCUAGAGCAGCCCAGCGCCUCUCCGAGAUCAUGGUCAAGGACAAGAACCCGAACCUAGCUCUGCGAAUCCGAGUUGAGAGUGGAGGCUGCCACGGCUUUCAAUAUCUGAUGAGUCUCAUUACGAUGCCUACGGGAGAAGCACGUGAAGCAUCCACCAUCGUUAGUGAGGAGGACAGCAUCUUCCAGUACGUUCCGGAUGAGGGCAACUCCUCUUCCUCGGAAAGCAGCCCCAAGGUCAUACUAGACGAACCUUCUCUGGAGCUUCUCAAGGGCAGCAAGGUGGACUUUACGCAGGAGUUGAUUGGGUCACAGUUCAAGAUUGUCGACAACCCAUAUGCGUCAAGCAGCUGCGGAUGUGGGACAAGUUUUGACAUCAAGAUGUAA